UGCAAGGACCUGAUGCGUCUCCCAAUCAGCGUUUCUCACUCGCAACAUCUAAAGUGUCUUUCUCUAGAAAAUUUUACAAAUCUUGCAAAAGAAGAAAUAGGUCUAUCCAUUGGGUACUCCACAUGUCUUAACGAUUCACAAAUAACAUUAUCCAGAACGAUUAAGAGGUCUGAACCAGAAUCAAGUGCUGAAUUACAACGACAACUCUUGUCGUCGCUUUAUUGGUAUCUUGACGACUUCUCUAUUUAUAGCACAACCACUUUGCAAGAGUUUGAUCUAUCUUGGAGUGCUGUUGUCAGCCUUCCCCCAACAAUGAAAAUAUAUGUUGAAUUGAGGAUUCUCAGAUUGUGCCAUUGUGAGAAACUUCAAGAAAUUCUACAUCUUCCACCAAAUAUACAAGAGCUAUAUGUCAGAGAGUGUUUCUCCUUGGAACGAUUCCCAGAAGUAUCAACAAAAUUUCAAUUCUAUACAUCCUGUGGCUUGCGAGAGCUAAGAUGGAUUGACUUGUCCGGUUGCCAUAAAUUGGUAGCAAAUAUAGGGAGUCAAGUGCCAAAUCCUUCAUUUGUUGAGGAACAUAUUCAAGACCAUUCAUGUGGUAUUAUAUUUCCAGGGAAUAAGAUUCCAGAUUGGUUUAGCCAUACUAAGGAGAUUUCAAAUGGUGAUGAUUCUUGGGAAUUGGAUAUUAGUGGUCCCUUGUAUUUGGAAGAAAUCAUAGGUAUUGUUUUUUGUGCUGUUCUUGGAUCCGACCCGGAUUACCCCUUGGGGCCCUUCUCCGGUAUUUGUGUUUCUAUAAAUGGUAACAUGCUUGUAGAAGCGAGGUUUUACUUAUAUGGAGGCUCGGAUCAUGUAUAUCUAAAUUACUCGUUUCCAGAAUGUAUCAGGCAAUUGCUGCGGUACCCAACAGGAGACAAUCUGAGGUUUAGAUUUUAUUGUGAUUCUUAUAAAGUGAUGUUUAAAAGUUGCGGAGUUCACAUAAUCUAUAAGCACGAAGAUAAUGAGAAUUUAACAGUUCGGGAGUGCUCAGUAGAUUCAUCGAAUGGUAUCCAGCUUUCUAAGAGACGUCGAGAUAAUGAAGACAGCAACUUGGAAUUCAAUGGGUAUCCACAACACAAGAGACGCUCUCAAGACUUGGGCAAUUCAAAUGCAACAUAGUUAGGCUCGCCACAAUCGUAUUCUUGCCAGCCAUUUCACGCACAAAUUACACCAUCUUCUUCCUUCGAUUGGAGUGACUUCCUCCGCGAACUUGUUCCCUGUCCGGGCUUUCAGGAACAACAAGAUCUCUACUUAAAGGGGGUCUCAGCACCAACCAAUUACCCUUCAACUCUCGAGCAAAUACCCCAGUUAAACUAUGAUACUGGGAAUUAUAAUGGCGUAAAUUGAAUUUGACAUGAUCAGGGUGGUUUUGAGACAUUUGAUUUUGGAUCCACAAGUGGAGCUCAAACAAGCAACAGGUCAGAAGCUUCAUCAUCUGUGAGUUCAUUUGUGGAGGCUAUUCGGGAACAGGACAGUGAGAUGCCAGCAGAAUUUCCAGAUAUUUUAGAUGCAUCUUUUGAUUACUAGUUCUCCAAGAACGAUCAGCGUGCAGUUAUGCUUGUUUUGGCCUCUCUUCUCUUUUAGAAGACUUGUUAAUGGAAAGAUGAGUUUUUAGGUCAAUCUGUCAAAGCUUUGCAGGUGAUUUCUACUUCUCAGUCGGCUGACGGAGCUGAAUUCGAGGCUGUACCAAGAGGGAUGUUCUUUUUCUUUGCACAAUCUCUUAGACAGCCUGAAGACACUCAAUGCAAAGAACUCCCUAACCCCCAUCGCAGCUCUGUUUUCCACUUUUUCUCUUCUACUCCGUCGCCAUGACAAAGCAAGAUGAUCUUGAACAAAAUGCAAACACUUCUUUUUUUCCUCCUUGUGGUUGUAUAAGUUUCCACUUCAAAGACACGCAAAGUGCUGCUUUGUGGGAAUUGACAUAUUUAAUGGGAAGAAGCUUGAGGAUAUCGUUCCUUCAUCCCACAACUGUGAUGUAAAGCUAUUUCUAAUUUUUUUCACCAUGUUCCUCAUGUUGCUCGCACUGAUUAUCAGUUCUAUUUCCCCCAUUGUGAAGCCUGAUACGAUUUUAAGUAGCACACAGAUGAGUGCUGAAUUUUCUUUUUUUACAAUGCUAGAUUGCAUCAUAUAGAAACUUAUUGUAACACCAGUGGAUCACUUCCCUCUGAUCAGAUGUAAAAGCAAUGGCAUCUUUCCACAUCAGCCAUAGCCAGCAUAUAUGUUAUUUAAUUUUUUGGGCCAACGUCCUUAAUUUCCUUUGAUGUGAUAAAUCUUCAAUGCUCCCACGUCAAGAAAUCCCAAAAGUCUAAAGUUCAUACAAGAAAUUCAAUAGAACAAUCUUAAUGGGUGUUUGAUUUUGACGUUUGUUUAAUUUACGUGGAAGGACUAAUUAUUCAAUUCAAAACCGUGUAAAUGUUAUUGCAAGUUGGCUUAGCAAGAAACUUCCUACGCAACUUCAUUUAAAUUUGUACUUGGAAGAAGAUAAUUAAAACUGAUUUGCGUCAUGUCGACAAAGAUCAGCUUUCUCAAAAGAAUUAAGGUGCAUGAGAGAAACUAUAUAGGAAGUCAA